AUAGGCCAUGGACUGGUUUUCUUGGCUCUCAAAAACAGGGCUAGAGCCCUCCCUUGUUUAUGAGUAUGGAUUAGCUUUUUCUCACAACGAGCUCGAAGAAGAAGAUAUAGCUUACUUCAAUCAUGAGUUCCUUCAAAGCAUGGGAAUUUCGAUAGCCAAACAUAGGCUAGAAAUUCUCAAGCUUGCUAGAAGAGAAAAAAGUAACAUACCACAUUCCAUGUCAAUGCUUUUUAUAGCUAUCAAGAGGACAAGGAAGUGUUUUUCUAAGUAUUUUCGCGCAUGGAACCGAAAUGAGGACUCUUCUCUCGUGCUCGUGCCAAGGUGUAGCGAUAACGCAGGAUGGAAGAACGCUAUGGUCAAGAGGAACAAGAGAUUGAUGGCAACUAAACAAAGUAGAGGAACACCACUUUUUCUCACAAACGGUAGUCCUAUGUUGAUGCAUAGUUCGCGUAUUAAUAGCUUUUUGAACCCCAUAAAUAUGACGGUGCAUGAUCUUCGCAACGAUGAUAAGAAAAUGCUUCAUCAAGAUCAUGAAGAAUAUUGGUCAUCUGCUGUUGAAGAGAUGAGGUGGGAUACAAUGUUUCACAGCUUGAAACCAACUUAAUUUCUUGGAUCAUUGUGUCAAUUUGAAUGGUGAGAGAUGGUUUUUUUAGUUAGGCACUUUCACCAUAUGCUUUGGCUUUGGCUGUUUUAGAGAUUGAUUCCUUUUUCCUUUUUCAUAGAGCAUGUUUGACUUAACUUUUAUGCUACAAACGAAGUCUGUGUUUCGACUGUAAGAAGUGUCAAUUGAUAGAAAUUCAAAAUUUAGUCAA